AUGCUUUCCUACCUUGUUUCAGCCCUGCUCCUCGCAGGAGCAACCAACACCCAGCCCACAAAACGGGCUAACCCCCCGGCCUUUAUCCUAGCCGGAGACUCAACCACCGCCCCAGACGGCGGCUGGGGCGACGCCUUCGUCGCCUCCCUCUCCUCCUCCUCAGCAGGAACAAACUUCGGGCACAGCGGCGCAACAACAGCCUCCUUCCGCUCAGGGGGGGACUGGGACUCUGUUCUCGCUGCUGUAUCUGAGAGCGCGGGGUCAUACACGCCCUACGUCACCAUCCAGUUCGGACACAAUGACCAGAAGACGGAGGAGGGACUAGCUUCGUUCAAGGAGAACCUUGUGCAGUUUGACGCAGAUGUUCGGGAUGCGGGGGGCAUUCCGAUCUUCUUGACUUCGCUGACGAGGCGCAAUUUUGAGGAUGAUGGGACGGUUAGUGAUGAUUUGGAGAAUGUGCGGACGUUGACGGAGGAGGCGGCGGAGGAGACGGGGGCCUUGAUUGGGGAUUUGAAUACCAGGUCCAGGGAGUAUGUUGAGGCUAUUGGGUCGGAGAAUGCGGAUACUUAUAACUUGGAGGCGGAUGAUAGGACGCACUUGAAUGAGGCUGGGGGUGUGCUCUUUGCGGGCAUUGUGGGGAUUAUCUUGAAGGAGCUGGAGCCGACAUUUGACGAGUUUAUCAACAUCGAUGAGGCUUUGGUUGCUGCUGUUGAGGCUGGAGAGUAUUAUUCUCCGGAGUGA